GUUUCUUACUAUUCACGCAUGUUUAUUUCUUUACUGUUGGAAGUGGCAUGCGGGAAAAGGAGGUGGGUUCAUUCUUAAUAAUUUACUGAUAACGACAGGUAAGAUAAAUACUCAAGAAAUUUGCGCAGACUACGAAAAAAUGUAUAGUGUCAACUCUGUCAAUUUAGUCGUAGGAGACCUUGUAGUACCGUAUGUCUGUUCACGGCACUCUUCUCACAAGCAAGAGACAACCUAUUUGUCACUUCACGUUUCUAUAGCUAGGUGCAUAAGCCGAAGGCACGACAACGUCCGCAUACCUGGGCUGCCAAAGAAACAAAGAGAAGACGGCUGGGCUAAGGUUAAGGCCUCCCCGAAACUGAGGGCGUGGGAGCAAGUUUCCCUGGGAGUGUGUGUGCGCGCGCCGAGCUGCAGACCCAACUAAGCCGCGUGCGUUUCCUGGAUGAACUGUUAACUAGCUGCUGCGAAGAAGUCGCACUGGUAUUACCCAGUGUUCAAACCUUACCGAGUCUCACUGCUGGAGUCUGUACAUAUCUGAGUAACAUAGCAGCUCUCUGUAACAGGAACUGGUAUGAUAAGGCAGCAUCUGUAAAGGGGCUGGUGGUUGUGUCUUGGGCGGAGCCGAAGUGAAUAGGCUGGUGUAGCGCUCAGUACUCACAAGUCAGUAGCUAACUGCACUGCAGCACCUGUUUUCUUUGCAGCCACCUUUACCUGGUGCAUUAGUCUAGACUUCACUGCGAACACGGCGGCUGUUGCAAUACUUAGAAGACUCUGUGGAUAACAGAAAAAAAAACAUAUAGUUUUGCUUCGCUGAGUUUAGUGAUUUGUGUUUUUUUUCUGUUGAUCGUGGAACUACAGCUGCCUGACUAUGUGACUUAUUUUAACAACGCCAAACUCGUUCCAGUUGCUGGGAACCUCCUGUUGUAUCUAACAAGAUAAGUGAUUUAUCUUUGGAUUUGAUUUUGUAAACUUGGCCGUGAUCAUGAAGUUUAAUGGGUAUUUGAAACUAAGAAUCGGGGAGGCUGUAGGACUGCAGCCCACUAGAACAUCUCAGAGGCACUCAUUUUUUAAGAAAACAAGUGCUUUGCUGGACCCUUAUAUCGCAAUCAAUGUGGAUGAGUGCAGGAUUGGGCAGACCCGCACAAAGCUAAAAACCAACAAACCGACUUAUAACGAGGAGUUCUGUAUCAAUGUCACAGAUGGCAAUAAGUUAGAAUUAGCAGUUUUCCACGACACUCCUAUUGGAUAUGAUGAUUUUGUAGCUAACUGCCUUCUAAAGUUUGAGGAUCUGCUUAACUCGGGAAAUGAAUCUUUUGAAGGUUGGAUGAACUUGGAACCAGAGGGAAAGGUAUUUGUUGUUAUCAAUCUAACAGGGAGCUUUGUUGAUGAAUCUGCUCAGGAACCUGUUCGUCAGUUUAAGAAAUUAUCUCGUAAAAGACAAAGAGCAGUGCGGCGGCGAAUUCAUCAGGUCAAUGGACACAAGUUUAUGGCAACAUAUUUACGGCAACCCUCGUACUGUUCACAUUGCAAAAAUUUUAUUUGGGGAGUGUUUGGGAAACAAGGAUACCAGUGUCAAGUAUGUACAUGUGUUGUCCACAAGAGGUGUCAUCACCAGAUUGUUACUGCAUGUCCCCGGAUGAAGAGUGCUUCCAUAAAACAGUCAAAUGAACCAAGAUUUGGCAUCAAUGUUCCUCACAAGUUCAAUGUUCAUAAUUAUAAAUCUCCAGCAUUCUGUGACCAUUGUGGUUCUCUGCUUUGGGGUCUCAUAAAACAAGGACUACAAUGCAAAUUGUGUAAAAUGAAUAUUCACAAACGGUGUGAAGCAAAUGUGGCACCAAACUGUGGGGUGAACUCAGUAGAGCUAGCAAAAGUACUGGCAGAGAUGGGACUUAUAGCAGACAAAAUGCCUCCAGAAAUCAAACCACUACCACCUGAACGGCCAGAUACGCCAUCCUUCAGAAAAUUUGGCAUAGAAGACUUCACCUUCCAGAGUGUAUUAGGAAAAGGAAGCUUUGGAAAGGUAAUGCUUGCUAAAUUGAAAGAGAAAGGGACCCCUUAUGCUGUGAAAAUACUCAAAAAGGACGUGAUUCUACAGGAUGAUGACGUUGAAUGUACCAUGACAGAGAAAAGGAUAUUAUCCUUGGCAGGGAGCCACCCGUUCCUCACUCAGCUUUUCUGCUGCUUUCAGACACCAGAUCGACUCUUUUUUGUAAUGGAGUUUGUAAAUGGUGGUGAUCUGAUGUUCCAUAUACAAAAAUCUCGGAGGUUUGAUGAGACACGUGCUCGUUUUUACACCGCUGAAAUUACAUCAGCGCUUAUGUUUCUUCAUGGGAAGAGUAUAGUUUACAGAGAUCUAAAGCUGGAUAAUGUUUUACUGGACUCUGAAGGUCACUGUAAACUGGCAGACUUUGGUAUGUGUAAAGAAGGGAUAUCUGAGGGGCACACAACCUCCACGUUCUGCGGAACACCUGACUACAUCGCACCAGAGAUUCUACAAGAGAUGCAGUACGGACCUUCAGUAGACUGGUGGGCUUUGGGAGUUCUGCUUUUUGAGAUGCUAUGUGGUCAUGCGCCCUUUGAAGCAGAAAAUGAAGAUGAUUUAUUUGAAACAAUAUUGAAGGAUGAAGUUUUGUAUCCAGCAUGGUUGAACUCUGAAGCAACAGACUUCCUGAAAUCUCUGCUAGUGAAAAAUCCCAACAAACGUUUAGGUUGUGUGGUAGCACAAGGUGGGGAGCAGGCCAUUGUCGAGCAUCCAUUUUUCCAAGACGUCGAUUGGGUUCUGCUUAACAAGCGAGAAAUUGAGCCUCCUUUCAAGCCAAGGAUUAAAUCAUUUGAUGAUGUUAAUAAUUUUGACCAAGAAUUUACAAGCGAAGAAGCAACUUUAACACCAAUUAAUGAAGAACUGAUUCCGUUGAUUGAUCCAAAUGCAUUUAGGCAUUUUUCAUUCACUGCUCCGGAGUUAACAGCUUAGUCAUCAAGGGACACCAUAGUAAGGGAUGAUUUACAUACGAGCAGUGAGUUCCAUGAUGAAGGGACUACAUUCACAACUUGUAAAAAAAGAGAUUUCGCAAGCAAUAAGCUUGGAUUAAUGUGAAGUGUUCUGACGAGAGAAGAUACUGUGGCACCAAUGAAAAAAACAAUGUCUUUGUGGCAUGUUUACUCAUGUGAUGAACUUGUGUGUUGUUUUGCACGAAUACAGGAAACCUUUUAAUUCUUAAGAGUAGCUAACUCAGAAUAUGUCUUCCUUUCUGUUUCUCUUGAUGCUUUUACUUAUAAUCUCAACUCCAAAAAGGUUACCUGUUGGCAUUACUCAUUUUGUAAACUGAUGCAAUAAGAGAGGUUCUAGACUUCAACUAAGGAUAAUUUAAUAAAUAUAGAUAUAAAUUAUUUCUGAAGACAGGCUUUAAAAUCAUUUAGCUAGUGCACCUUUGCUUGCAACCCAAUUUGUUCCAUUAAGUUUUCAGUAUUAAUAUGAAAGUAAAGCAGAUAUUUAGAUUACUUUUCCAUAAAAGAGGGUUUUGAAAAAUGUUUUUUGAGUUCAUAGAAACAUUUGAACAACUGUCGUAAAGUGCGCUGGAAAAAAACAUUCUACCCAAGAAGAAAUGUUGGAACUGCUCUAGUCUUCUGUUUUGUGCUGUGUAUGUGUAUUAUAUAAAGUGUUAUCCAAACAAAAAAUAUAUAACUAAAUAAAUAGGAAGCUAUUACCUCAAUAAUAAAUGCUAAAGCUGUUUCAAUGUUAGUUUAUGCCAAAGUAAUCCUCAUGGCUGUUACUUUCUCUGCCUUAACUAUCCCUGUCCAAGUUUCUGUUUUCUGGCACUAUGCCAGAAGUUAAUUGUAUUUAAAUUACAA